UUCUCAUUCUGCUUAUAGAAAAGAAUCGUGUCUGCCUUUUUUUCUCUCUCUCUCUCUCUCUCUCUUUCACUUUUGUGUUACCAAUAAUAAUAAUAAAGAGUUUUUAUUUUCCGAGUUUACCACCGCAACCAUCGUCAGUUUCAACCGCCGGAGCCGCCGCAAGGAAGGCUCUUCAUCCGCAGUGGCGAUUAUUUUAAAGGUGUAUAAAGCAUUGCCUUUUUGACAAACCAGGAAAUGGUUAAAAUAUACAAACAAUCUGGAGGCAUUGGAGACCCUGAACUGCUUGCCAGAGAGACAGUUUUUAGCGUGAGUGAGAUAGAAGCUCUCUAUGAGCUGUUUAAGAAAAUCAGCAGUGCUGUGAUUGACGAUGGGCUAAUUAACAAGGAAGAGUUUCAGUUAGCCUUGUUCAAGACAAAUAAAAAAGAGAGCUUGUUUGCUGACCGGGUAUUCGAUUUGUUUGACACAAAGCAUAAUGGAAUACUGGGGUUCGAGGAGUUUGCUCGUGCUCUCUCUGUCUUUCAUCCAAAUGCUCCUAUAGAAGACAAGAUUGACUUUUCGUUUCAGCUAUAUGAUCUUAAGCAGCAAGGUUUCAUCGAGAGGCAGGAGGUGAAGCAAAUGGUGGUGGCUACUCUUGCUGAGUCCGGCAUGAACCUGUCAGACGAAAUCAUAGAGAGUAUAAUUGACAAGACAUUUGAGGAAGCUGACACAAAACACGAUGGGAGGAUCGAUAAGGAAGAGUGGAGGAUCCGUGUUCUUAGGCAUCCUUCUCUUCUAAAGAACAUGACCCUCCAGUAUCUCAAGGAUAUCACGACUACAUUUCCGAGCUUUGUGUUCCACUCGCAGGUGGAAGAUUCCUGAGAAAAACAAUAGCAUACUAGCAGAGAGACUAUUUGAGAAUUGUGUUUUAUUUCUGAUUAUGUAUCAUGUUUAUUUGUUUGAAUCUCUUCUGAACAUUUUCAAGAUUUUGUUGUUACUUCUGUAAAAAGAAAGAAAAGAAAACAAAUCUGUAUUUUUUUCUGCUCCUUAUUUUGAUUGAUGUUUUUCUCUC